UCGGCAAUCUAUUUGCAUAAGUACUCGAUUGAUCGAGGAAAUUUGUUUGCUUAUCUUUUAAUAAAAGCAAUAUUAACGUACUACUCUCUUUAUGCAUUUAAAACCAGCGCUGGGUCUCACUUUUCAAGAUGAACUCACAGUUCAUAGAACAGGUGCAGAUUUUGAUGCACGCGCAACAGAUUAAAUGUGCGGAGAGUGUUUUCGGGAAGUCCAACUACAUGUGGCUUUGCAGCAAAAGGACGCCUGUGAUCUGGAUGUCUACAAGGGACGAGUUUUUGAUACGACAGGCCUUAACCAAGGUGACUGCUGACCAGCAAGUCAAGGUCAUGAAGCAGCUGCUGACUUGGCUGGACGACCACCCAGAUGCCCAUUCUCUGAAAAUCCCCGAAAUGUCGCUCCGAUUUCUCAACAAUGUGGCCAACGUGAACAUGAUGAACGAAAUGACGAUGUCGAGGGCCAGCAGUUUCAGAAACAGUCUGAGGCGUUUGUCGCUGAUUACGAAUCGGAUUGCUCCGGCUCUGAGGGCGGAUACCAGUGCCAAGUUGAGACGAUCCGUCACUUUUAAUGACGUGCCAAUAAUUUAUCGCAUCAAGUACUGACCCAAGUUGAAACAUAUAUGUAUGUAAGAGACAACACAGAAGCGCACUAAUGUACCUAUGGAAUCCAGGAGUAACAAGCCUGUUACCCAUUAAAACUACCUAAUAACAGUAAUUAUGUAAUUAACUAAUACACCUGACACCUCAAUUAAAAUAAACUAAUUACGAUCGUC